UCCCAGCACGGCCCCAGCGCUGGCCCAGCCCAGCCCCGGGGCAGGGCUUCCCCAGCACGGCCCCGACACCGCUCUGGAACCUGCUGUGCACUGCUACCUGAGGCUGUCGCGGUCCCCAUGGUGUCCACUGAAGGUUUGGUGGCUGCUGCCGCGGUGCUCUUUGCCCUGGGCCUCCUGGCCUGGUGCCUUUGGGCAGGGAGGCUGGAGGGGCCUGGGGAUUGCGAAGGGAAGGAGGAGGAGGAAGAGGAGGGGAUCCCCUUCAUGGCUGAGGACAGCUCAGGGCGCUGCCGGCUGCUGUGCAAGCCCUCGGCGCUGGCCCAGCACCUGGUGCGCAGCUUGGGGCGGUCGGCGGUGCUGUGGGGGGGCCACUGGCCAUGGCCAUGCUGGCCCUGGCUCCAGAUGCUGCAGCAGCUCCUGCAGCUGCCUCAGCCGCAGCUGGCCAUGUCCCGGGAGCUCCUGCAGCUGCCCGACGCGGGGCUGGUGGCCCUGGACUGGCUGAUGCGGCCGUGGGGGGCUGCGGGCGGCAGUGGCACCGGGGGGACGCCCAGCCCAGUGCUGCUCCUCAUCCCCAACGCUGCCGGGAAGGUAACGGGGGGGCUGCUGCAGCUGGGGCUGCGGGCGCUGGAGCGCGGCUUCGCCCCCGUCAUCUUCAACCGGCGGGGCCACAACGGCUGCCCCCUCACCACCCCCCGGCUGCAGCCCUUCGGGGAUCCCGCGGACCUGCGGGAAGCGCUGGCGUACCUGCGGUGCCGGCAGCCUGGCGCGGCGCUGCUGGCUGCCAGCGAGGGCUCGGGCUCGGGGCUGCUGCUCGCCUACCUGGGGGAGAGCGGCUCCUCCAGCCGCCUGGCCGCCGCCGCCUGCCUCUCCCCCAUCUUCCGCGGCCGGGACUGGUUCGAGGCCGGGAUGCCCUGGCUGUACGAGUGGCCGCUGCUCCUGCACCUCAAGCGAGGACUCAGCAGGUACGCGGGGGCUCUGGCCGAGGCGGUGGAUGUGGACAGGCUGCUGGGCAGCCGCUCGCUGCGGGAGCUGGAGGAAACGCUCUUCUGCAGGACCAAGAGCUGCCCCAUCACCUGGGAGACCUACUGGGAGCGCAACGAGCCGCUGCGCGACGCGGACGAGGCGGCCGUGCCGGUGCUGUGCCUCUGCAGCGCCGACGACCCCGUCCGCGGCCCGGCGCGGCGCUCGCUGCCCCUCGAGCUCUUCCGCAGCAGCCCCUACUUCUUCCUGCUGCUCACGCGGCGUGGGGGCCACUGCGGCUUCCCCUGCUGGGGCCACGAGGCCGUGCUGGAGUACUUCAGGGCCAUGGCCGAGUUCCUGGGGGCCGAGGAGCGGGGGAAGGGGCCGGCGCGGCCCCGCAGGGGAGGGGGUCCCGCGGCCGAGCCCCCCCUUUUCACCUGGCAGCGGUCCUACACGCGGUAGCGGGGCCCAGGGCUCAGGCAGGCAGGCAGACACUCCGUGUACUAAAAUUACUUUAUUACAGUUGAUUUUUUAACAUUUCCUUUGCUAUGAUACAAAGGAUACUUACAAACAAAAUAUUACAUAUGACCUUAUGGUUUGGUUUUUUUUUUUUCUUCUCUUUUUUUUUCUGACAACUCGGUAACAGCUUUAAAUGCACAAUCUAUACAAUUAAUACAGGUUAUAUAUGAGCUAUAAUGUAUGUUGAACCAGAAGAAUACCAGAAUACUGACAAUAUACUGUACAUUAAGCCUUACCAGUUAGUGCUCGUGGCAUUUUCUACCAGAAGGAAAACGCACACCUGUAGAUUCACUCAUACCAGCUGGUGCUACCAGACAUGGAAGCAGGAAGGAGUUUCAAUUCCCCUGGUUCAAUCCUUCGCGGCCCAUCACCUCAGACCAGUGUUCAUAGUAAAACAGCAGAUAUGUGUGUGGUUUUUAUUCAUUUAAUUGUUAUGAUUAUUUAUCUCUACCUACGGCUCUGCAGCACGACCCGGGGCCGAGGCCCUUCCCCCGAACCCGCCUGGGCACCGCCGCAGCAGCGCCCACCGCGCUGGGAGAGCUCUUGAGGGUGAGCUGGACCUCCUGCGGGAGGGGGAGAGGAGGAGGAGGAGGAGGAGGAGGAGAGGAAAAGCAGCAACAGCUUUGCUGUCACAACGGGCAGCUCUCAUGUUUGAGCCCAAGGCUGGUGCGGGGUGGGGGGCUGUGGCCACCAAAGCUUUGGUCUCGCAGCCAAAGCUGGAGCUGUGUGGUACAGGUGUGCCCUUCCCCUCCUCCUGCCCUGGGCUCCCUCACACUCAUAAGGUUACAUUUUUGUUUUAUUUAUUUCUUUGUUUCCCAAAGCAACCAGCAAGUGAAGCUUUUACAUUUGAUUUGUUGUUGGGGUGGUUUUUUUGUGUGUUUUUGUUGUUUUUCAGUGGGACUGGCAAAAGACCUGACAUUUGCACAGAAGCUGCAAAUGGAAAAUAACCAUCCCCUCCUCCCCCCCGCUGCAUCCCAGCCCAGAAAAUCCCAAACUGCUGGCAGAAGAAAGGAAAAACAAACCCAAAACCACAACCACAAAGGGGUGGAGGAGAGGAAGGGGAAGGGGGGGGGCAACAGGUUGGAAAAUACCAGGUUUGAGUUAACAUUUCCUUGACUUCACACAAUGCUCGUGUGAAAGAAAAAAGAA